CACGGCAACUGGCGUAUGGAUUCUUAGUCUACUCUUACGGACUUUAAUGGUUGCCUGUUCGGUCCUACUUAUUACAUCCGUGUCAGCCUCACACUUCGAGUAUGAGGCCAAAAGUCAAGGACCGGAUCUGUGUGAACACGCUUCCUUCGACCUCUCUCGAGCAGACAAGGCAGAUUAGAGCUGAACGGACUUCCACGGAACUAGACAACCCCUUGUUCGUUCACGCCUCAUGCUUCUACAAGGGAGAUGGGGCGAAGAAUACCUCAACUCGAGUAUUUAUUGCCUGUCAACAAUCACUGUAGAGUUUCCAGUCCAGUCAUUCCCUCACAUUCUCUCAGACUCGAACCUUGCACUCAUUUUCUAUCUUUUUAAAUUACCUUCGCUACCUUCACGGCUUUCAACCGCUCAUUCUCUUCCGUCACAGCCGGUCUGUGUGUGUUGCUCUGAUCUCUUGUCAACUUCUCCACCUAUCAGUUUUAUAUUCUUCCUCCAACGAACCACUAAGAUGCAUUCAAAAUCAAUGUUUGCUGUACUUGCCACAAUGGGCCUUGUCGCAGCGACACCAGUCGAUUACACCCUUCAAGGACGUGGAAGCAAACUGUCUAAGCCUGGUGAUAUCAAUUGUCCUGGUGAAAUCAUUGGAUAUCGCACUGUGAUGACAAAGGAUAUUGCCGACACGGUAAAUACAGCAAAGACAUUUCCUCAAGCAAAACCUCAUGGCAAAGAUCUGGGUAAUGGAGUUAUUUACUUCAGUGACGGCUUCGGCGACUGGGCUGGUGACGGCACAGAAACUCACUGGUGUGUCGCUUAUGCGGAUACCACCCAACUUAAAGCCGCGAACAAAGUCUGGUUUACGGAAGAUCCCAAGUUGAAGCAAUGUACUCGCUUCAGCGAUUCCAACGUCAACGCCUACAUCAGCAUUAUGUCAAACGACAAGUUCUCUCCAGCCUCUACGCUACGCUUCGCCAAAUUGGAGCACUACCUUCAAGUUGCUAUACCGUUCGCCAUGCUCGACAAGAUGAAAGUCUGCGGAAAAUGCUACCCCAGGCCCGAAGCAGAGACGUUGAAAUCUGAUUACCCGCGAGUUAACUGGAAGAAGGGUCCAUGGGUAGGGUCCAACGUCAGGCAAAAGCGCGAUGAUCUUGAUGGGAGGGCUCCCGCUGCUUGUCCAGUCAAAGCGAAGCCAACACCAUCCCCAAAGCCGAUCAAAUCCAAGCCUAAGACAUCCAAACCUAAGACGACCAAGCCUAAGACGACAAAGCCAAAGACGACCAAGCCUAAGGGACUGAAGGCCAGGACAGCCUAGUUGCGACUCAGGAGGAAGGCAACUUGUAGAGGACAAUCAGGGAGGAGUUGCUAGAUAGAGAAGAGACCCGACUAUUGUUUGUAGAUUGCCAAAGUCUAGCACAAUCACACACUACAUAUCAGGAAUCACUGUUAGCCCGUGCUCUACAAAACGAAUUGAAGUAGCUAGGAAGCAGCGUUUGGUCAACAGAGAUGCUGUAGUUAGGACGCGCAGGUGUCUAAAGGCC